UGCACCGUCCCCCACGCCAUAAACACAUACGCAAAGCAGCUUGGUUCGUGUGAUUUAACAGAUUGCACAACCCUAGACCAUUCUUCGUCUUCCCUUUUCUUGAGCACGCUUUCCACCCGAGCAUGGAGUCCAGUUCAAAGUGAGGGCAAAGGAAAGGGCUCUAGGCUUCGACUUCUCCUACUGAGCAUGCUCAGCCGUCUUCGGCCGUAAACCUUCACAAGCAGCUGCUGUUGCCGAGUCGCGGGGAAGAGUAAGGGGAAAAACAAGACCCGUGUCUUUCGCUUCGAAACUGGCCGGCAGCGUUGGCUUCGUUGCACCGCCGCAGACAUGGGGAAGUCUCUUUCAAUGCCUUUACACAUGUCUAAAGAUGAUGGGAUUUCCUCAUCAGACAGCAUGAGGAAUGGAUUAACUCACUCUGAAUGUCAUGGCGAAGAUGGAAGGAAUGGAGAUGUGUCACAGUUUCCAUAUGUUGAAUUUACGGGAAGAGACAGCGUCACAUGUCCCACCUGCCAAGGCACAGGGCAGAUCCCACGUGGACAGGAAAAUCAGCUUGUUGCCCUUAUUCCAUACAGUGAUCAGAGACUGAGACCAAGACGAACAAAACUUUACGUGACUGCUUCUGUAGUUGUUUGUUUGCUACUUUCUGGGCUGGCAGUAUUUUUCUUAUUUCCUCGAUCUAUUGAUGUGGAGUACAUCGGAGUCAAGUCAGUAUAUGUCAGUUAUGAAGCUAAGAGACGCGUAAUAUAUUUAAAUAUUACGAACACAUUGAAUAUAACAAACAACAACUAUUAUUCUGUUGAAGUUCAAAACAUUACAGCCCAGGUACAGUUUUCAAAGACUGUCAUUGGGAAAGCACGACUGAACAAUAACACCCAUAUUGGCCCAUUGGAUAUGAAGCAGAUUGAUUAUAUGGUGCCCACAAUUAUACAAGAUGAAAUGAGUUACAUGUUCGAUUUUUGUACCCUAAUCUCUAUCAAAGUGCAUAACAUAGUAGUCAUGAUGCAAGUAACUGUGACCACGUCUUACUUUGGCCGCUCAGAACAAAUAUCUCAAGAGCGAUACCAGUAUGUGGACUGUGGUGGAAAUACAACUUACCAGCGGGGACAGAUGGAGUAUCUAAAUGUAUUUCGGCCUCCUCAGUAAAAAAACAACACACACAACCCCCAAAAUUUCUGUACGACAAAAGAAAAUGACUGCUGGUUCUUUUACUUAACAUUAAAAUCGAACUUUUCAACCAUAUCUGAUAAAAUUUAAAAGAGGUGGAUGUAUAUAGUAUAGUCAUGAAGGCUUCUGUACUUUGAGGCAUGAACAGAAAGGGGGCAUUUGUAUAUACUGACAAUAAUUUGUCCCUGUCUACUUUAAAUGUGUAAGUAUUCUGUUAAACUGUUACACUGGGAAGAGGGGGAAAUUUUGAAUUAGCAAGCUUGUAUUUCCCUGUGGAAAUAUGAGUGUGUGUCCUGUAAAAAAUCUGGAACCAUAUAAUUGUAUACAUGACAGUGUGCCACUAACAAAUAACAUAAUGGAAAGUAAGCUCAUGAUGUAUUUUCAGUUCUGAUUAGUUUAGAUGAGGGUCUAAACAUCUGUUCUAUUAAAAUAAGUAUGCUCAUAAUGCAGUAUUAGGAGAAACAUAUUUGCAUUUAGUAAUCUUACGGGAGUUCAGUUUUCACUGUGUUAUAUUCUUUUCUUUACAAGUCCCAUUGCACAUGAAGUGCUUAUUAUUGAUGCCUUUCCACAAAAAUUAAUUUGCCUAAAAUCUGUGGGUAGUUUGAUGAUACGAAUACCAAUUAAUUUAUAAGUAUUUUCAGGGUGGCAGAUACAAGAUGAAAAGCAAACCGGAGUGCUUAAAGGAACCUUAGGGUGUGGGUUUUUUUGUAAAGCAGUGAAAACUUACAUGUGCUUUAAAGCUUUGCUUUAUGGAAGCUUGUAUAAAAUGAGUGGUUGUCGGCUUCUCUUGGAACUCCUAGUGUGUUUUCUAUUCCAGGUUUAAGUUCAGUGCAUUGUAACUUAAGUAGUAUCUAAUUGUAAACUCCUGACAGAAGUGAAUGUAAAGUAUUCCAAUCAUAACAGAAGCUUUUGCUAAAAACAGCCAUGUUUUCAUUUACCAGCUUUGAGAGAUACUGUAGAUCAGUGUCACCAUUUUCUCUUAAGGCGUACAUGCUUAUAUACACAUAUGUAAUUAUGCUUGAAUGAGAAGUCACUGAAUGAGCAUAAUGUGCGGUGCUAGUGUAGCCUGGCUUGAUAAUUCUUUUCCAUGCUGCUCUGGUAACUUUGAAAUCACCUGCUAGAGAUUGGAAAUGUUUGUUUUAUGAAUAUAAUUCCCAGAAUCACACAGUUAUUACACCGGGGUUCUGAGAACUAUAGUAAAAUAAACAAGCACAUUCCGUUUCUGGUUCCUAUGCAAAAAAUAGUGGCAUGUUAAGUAACAUGAUUGCAUCCUCACUUUGAAUACCAGACCAGCAUCCCUCCAUGCCAUGAUGGUAGUGUAUGGGUACAGCCUGUUGCUUUUAGCUUGGAUAGUUGAUUAAAAUACACUAUAUUAUAUUAUAAUUGCAUUGUAAUAUACAGUAGUUACCAUUUUGAAUUCACCAUGUUUUCAUUUGGAUAGGAUCUGGCCAACUGACUGAAGAAAACUAAAGCAUUUGUCAUGUUAUAAUAGUAGGUCCCCUCAAAUGAUCAGUAACAUUUGAAGUAUCAUGACUGAAAUCCAACUAGAACAGGCCCACUGAAUCUGUGUAUUUGGUGCACCCACACUUCCAUAAAUGUCAUUGAUUCAGUUGUGACUUACUACUGGAUUUCAGCUUAUAUUUCACUUAACUGAUGCUCAGCAUUUUAAAGUCCCAUUGGUGUCUAUGGGAAAUGUGUAAUUAGGUGCUUAAUGGUCCCGUGAAUAUCAAUGGGACUUGAAAGUGUUUUAAUUCAAGGCUACAUCAUGCACAUGUAUCCUUGGUACUGCAGAGUUUUGAGUGGCUCCACUUUUUAAUUUUUAGUCUAUUUAACAUUAAUUAUGAUUAUGCUUUGUAAUAAUAAUUGCUAUGAGGUUUGGUAAAAAGAUGUUGGGAUUUCUGUGGUAGGGCAUAGUGCAUUAUUGAUAGUUGGCAUACUGAUUGUAUUUUUGUGUUAGUAUUUUCCUGCACAGUAUUUUUGGAACCUAUUGAGCAAACUAUACUAGGAUAAUCCACAAAGAGAAUUUUUGACUUUCUUUCUGCUCUGAAGAUCUGAGAAUUGUUUUGCUGAAGUAACAAGACACUCUUUGGUCAAAAUGAAGCAAAUGGGCUACAAAUGACAGUGAAGCAGGCAUUUAAAACCAAGUGAGGUGUUUGCUUGUUUUUUAAUUUUCAAAUACAUACUAGCACCAAAUAGUAAACCAGAUAUGGUAACUGGAAAUAAUCAAUUUAAAUGAAUCAAAAUCUUAUUGCCACUUCCUUUCAGAUUCUGAUGCUCCCCAUAGCUCCCUUUUGCCUUGCCAAAGCCUUUGGGAGCCUUGGAAAUAGUAAUAGCAAAACAACAACAACACACAAACAAACAAAAGCACACACAAACAAACAAAAAAGCCCACUGGAUCAUGAUUCCAGUCCAGCAGUGAUUCAAACCAGUAAGGGCAAACAGGAGAACUAAGGAGGAAUUAGGGGAAUAGGAAGCUUCUGAACAAUUUAAAUUGAUUAUUUCUGGUAUUUGGAUCCAGCUUAUUGUGGUAUAAAAGAGGGAACAGGACUUUGACCAUUUGCUUUAGAUCAAAAGGGCAUACAUAUUGGAUGGAAAUGCUGAAAUAAAGUGAUGCAAAAAGGGAAGGAUUGGAUUUCAAGUCCUGAAAAAUUACAAUUUUAACCAGUCUUGUAAUAUAUGCAAGCUUAAAUGCUUAGAAAUAAAUGGCUGCAAUUUAUUUGCUCUUUUGUAAGGGAACAGCAGAAAACACAGCCCCUCACUUUAAACAUUACAUGGUGGAAUAAAAUACAGUAAAAAAUUUUUUUAAAAAAAAUUCAGUACAUUGGGCACUUUGGAUUUGCUUCCUAGCCAUUGCUGUUUUGAGAUUAGAGGAGAUAGCAGUGUUUGCAAAUGGCAAGUCAAAAAUGACAGGAAAUCACAUAAUCUACAAAUUAUUAGGUUUACUUCUUAUUUUGCUUAACCUUUUUAUUGCAAUAUUUGAAGUAAAUAAAUUUAAAUCUCACAAAUUGAUGAGAAUUUGACAAUACAAAAAAUUUCAGGAAAAAGGGUCAGUGCUAGAUUUGUGCAAAGGAAAAUUAAUAUGGAGUGGAUGAACUCAAUUGACAAAAUCAGUCCCUCGAUUAAAAUUAAUGGAGUUCUGAAAGAAGCAUUUAAAACCCACUGUAAAUUUUUUGACCAUAAGUGAUCUAUGCAGAAAUUCUUCUGUAAAUACAUCUUUGGUUAAUUCUCCAUUUAGUGUUAUCUGAUUAUCUGGACUUAGUAUAUUGUGGUUUAAUGCUUCCUGUUGUCGCUCAUAUUGAAAGUGAACUGGAAUCAAUUUGGGAGCCCAUUUAUUUCCUUGUAGAGUCUUAAGGAUGACCAGAAUCCUAUUGAAUAUUUAUGUCUGAGUAAUGCAACAGCAUAACUCAAAACAGUGAAUAAGCCGCUAAUUAAUGAGUCUAUGAUUGAAUUCCUAGUAGUGUGUCAGUUGCGUGACUUGGCAUACUACAAGGGAUUCAGUCAGGGACUAAUUAAUUAGGAGCUAUUCACUGCUCUGAGGUACACACUUGCACUUAUGCAGGCAUAAAUAUUCAGAUAGAGCCUGGCGUAUAUGUAUAAACAUUUUUUUUCACUGAAUAGCUUUUGUGCGUUUAACAAAAGUUUCCACUGUCAAUGUUACUUCUUAAAGCUCACAUUCUGCAUUAGAGAUAUUGCACUUUGACGGAAGCAGGUAGAUUAAUAUAUGGUUGACUUAGACUGCACAGUGGUGACACGUAUGUACUGGGAAUGCAAAGUGUUUAAAUAUCCUCUAAUUAGGAAAUAAUUUAAUUUUAAGAUCAAUUGUAUAGUCAAAAUUCAAUUAUUAUAUUGCACCACUUGACGACAUGCACCAGUAUCCAUUUAUUUUGAUAAACUGUAAUUGUCAGCUUUAUUGGAAAUGUUUUCACUUGUAAUAUAAAAUAUUGUUGUUUUCUUUAACAUAUUUCAAAGGUUUUGAUACAUUUUGUGUGAGAUACACAUUUCUGUACUACUUUGUAAUUGUAUUUUGAUACCUUCCUAAUCAAAGUGCACAUGCUUUGAUGCAAUUCAUAUAAACUGCUAGUUAAAUUAAGCGAUUUGAUGUAGUCUGUAAAGGAUGGGCUGCUUACAAUGGCCUGAUUUAAAUGUAACAAUAAAUCAUAAUUUAGUGGCAUCAGAGGUGAACUGUAGUGAUCUCCUGACUUGUUCACACUAACCAUCAUUCAGAUCAGAGUUUCCUAAAUUUGGAUGUAACUGAAAUUGUAGCUUAUUCAGAACUCAGCAUUGAAGCUUUCUCUCUCCUCUUUUCAUGUUCAUGGGAGUAGACAGGCUGAAGCUCCUUGCCAAAGCAUGAUGUAGUCUUACUGGGACUUCUCCUUUUUGGAGAAGUGGGGUUGGUAAAUGAAGCAGUGUGUUUAGGGCAGGACAGCAGAAGUAUCUGUAAAAAUGAUUGUGCAGUUAAAUUAGCAUAUUGAGUGCUUUUAUGCAGAAGGAAUUAUUAAUAAUUAUAAUUAUUCAUUAAUAAUUAUAAUUAUUAUAGCAUUAUUCAGUGCCAUCUUGCAAGUAUAUUGAAUGCCUUGUUUCUGAGAAUUCUAAAAGGUUGAAAACCAUUUCUGCCACAAAUGGAGAAAGCUUAAUUCUUCUUAACUAUACACUACACUCUAUACUUGCAGAGUGCAAGUGCUAGUAUGUAGAUUGCCAAUGUUGAUUCGAGAUAAAACGUGCAUUGAACAAGACUUGAGUACUAGUUGUGUGUUGAUAUUCUUGAAUUUCUGCUUGCAGUUUUAUCUCUCCAUGGCCUGAACCGCGUCAUAAAUAUAACUCUACUGCCAAUGUGGAACAAUAAUGUUCUAGCUGGUGAUGGUAGGGCAGGCCCUACAAUUUUAUUGGAUCAUAAAGAAAUUCUAUGAAAAAAAAUACAAAGUAACUUUUCUGUUUUUUUUCCAAUCCAUGAAUUAACCACUACUGCUGCUUAUUGUAUAAAUAGCAUAGGAUUUAUGUAUAGAAAUAAUAAAAAGUGAGAACUAUUUUUGUAAUUUCAGAAUUGUAAUAGUUCCUGUAAUUGUGUGUUGCAAACUAUGUAUGCAGUGUUCUUAAGCAUGAUAAAUAAAAUUUCUCUGUGCUAUU